AAUAAUAAGGGAACAUGUGGCAAUUGUAGUGAAGGACGAGCGGAGCCGUCUUUGAUUCCCACCCCAACGUUGGAAAGCUAGAGUAAAGAACGUGCUGGCACGGUCAGAUAAUCGAAAAAGGUGGAGAGAGAGCUAAAAGCAGUUGUACAGUUUUCAAAUCAGUUUCCCCUUCCCUUCCAUCAUUUUCACCUUUCCAUAACACAAAUCCCACCUUCCUUACCCGCCAUGGCCGACCUCAAAGAAACCUACGCUUGCAUACCUUCCACAGAGCGAGGUCGCGGUAUUCUCAUUUCGGGUGACCCGAAAUCGAACUCCAUCCUUUAUUGUAAUGGCCGAUCCGUGAUUAUCCGGUACCUCGAUCGCCCGCUCCAAGUAGCCGUUUACGGGGAGCAUGCUUAUCAGGCUACCGUCGCUCGUUAUUCUCCCAACGGUGAGUGGAUCGCAUCCGCUGACGUAUCUGGUACUGUUCGGAUCUGGGGGACCCACAAUGACUUCGUUCUUAAGAAAGAGUUUCGGGUACUAUCGGGUCGGAUCGAUGACCUUCAAUGGUCUCCUGAUGGAUUGCGCAUUGUUGCUUCUGGUGAUGGAAAGGGCAAAUCCCUUGUUCGCGCCUUCAUGUGGGACUCGGGAACAAAUGUGGGUGAAUUUGAUGGCCAUUCAAGGAGAGUUUUGAGUUGUGCAUUUAAGCCUACAAGACCAUUUCGCAUAGCCACGUGCGGGGAAGACUUUUUGGUGAACUUUUAUGAAGGACCCCCAUUUAAAUUCAAGCUGUCUCACAGGGAGCAUUCAAAUUUUGUUAAUUGUUUGAGGUUCUCUCCAGAUGGAAGCAAAUUAAUCAGUGUAAGCUCUGACAAGAAGGGCAUUAUCUAUGAUGCUAAAACAGGAGAUAUAAUUGGAGAGCUGUCAUCUGAGGAUGGUCAUCAAGGAAGCAUAUAUGCUGUUAGUUGGAGUCCUGAUAGUAAACAGGUACUCACUGUUUCUGCUGACAAAUCAGCAAAAGUAUGGGACAUAUCUGAUGAUGGAAAAGGGAAAGUGAAAAAGACACUGACUUCUCCUGGUUCAGGUGGAGUUGAGGACAUGCUAGUUGGCUGUCUUUGGCAAAAUGAUCACCUUGUUACUGUUUCUCUUGGUGGAACUAUUUCCAUAUUCUCAGCAAGUGAUCUGGAAAAAUCCCCCGUGUCAUUUUCUGGACACAUGAAAAAUGUUAAUUCCUUAGCUGUCCUCAAAAGUGACCCAAAAAUUAUGUUGUCUAGCAGUUAUGAUGGUUUGAUUGUUAAAUGGAUUCAAGGUAUCGGAUAUAGCGGAAAGUUAGAGAGAAAGGUGAAUUCUCAAAUUAAAUGCUUUGCAGUUGUGGAAGGAGAAAUUGUGUCAUGUGGAUUUGACAAUAAGAUCUGGAGAGUGUCUCUGCUUGGAGAUCAAUGUGGAGAUGCAAAUUCUAUAGAUGUCGGCAACCAACCUAAGGACUUGAGCCUUGCCCUUAGUUCUCCUGAAGUGACUCUAGUUUCUUUUGAUACUGGAGUCAUUCUUCUCCGUGGUACAAAAGUGCUGUCAACCAUAGGCCUUGGAUUUACUGUGACAGCAUCUGCUAUUUCACCUGAUGGAACUGAAGCUAUAGUGGGUGGUCAGGAUGGUAAACUGCGCUUGUAUUCCAUCACAGGCGAUACUCUCAACGAAGAAGCUGUCCUUGAAAAACACAGGGGAGCUAUUACUGUCAUUCGGUACUCUCCAGAUGUUUCCAUGUUUGCAUCAGCAGAUGUGAACCGAGAAGCAGUUGUCUGGGACCGUGCAUCUCGUGAGGUGAAGCUUAAGAAUAUGUUAUACCAUACUGCCCGAAUAAAUUGCCUGGCCUGGUCACCUGAUAACACUAUGGUAGCUACUGGAUCUCUGGACACGUGCGUUAUCAUAUAUGACAUCAGCAAGCCAGCUUCGAAUCGAAUCACGAUUAAAGGAGCUCAUUUGGGUGGAGUAUAUGGACUAGCUUUUACUGAUGAACACAGUAUAGUGAGUUCUGGCGAGGAUGCUUGUGUUCGUGUAUGGGGAAUAACUCCACAAUAAUUGAGAUUGCUUAAUAAGCAAUUGAGGAGUUCAUAUUUGCACAUUAAGUUAUUAUGAGUCGGCCGGAAUGCAGUUUGAGCUUUGAAAUGUUGGUUGGCCUCAACUUAGGACAGCCCUAUGAAUGGUGCCAUUACUUGUAAUCAUGGUAAAUAGGGAAACACCAAGUUGAGUGUUUUCCCGAAGAAUCAUCACACUUCCCUAUAUACAAGAAGGUACUCUUAUUUUCUUAAUGAUGUAAAAAAAAAUCAAAUAGUUCAAGUUGGAUUUGUUUCAACCACGGAAGGCUUUGUCUGGGUAGUGAGACCAUAGCAGGCUGUCGAGUUGGGAUUUUUGUCUUUGAGCAUCACAAGACUAUUGGCCGCCAUUCUCGUUAAAGUUGCGUCGUGUUUCUGUUUUUGCUUCUUACAUUUGUAUGUAUGCAUUGAUUUUAUGUAAUUUGUCAUUCCAAUUAUAGGUUUUCGGUUACAUUUUCAAUUUUUGGUGUUAUGAUGAUGCAAGCGUGAUCUUAUUGCUCAAGCUUUUAUAGGGAUUUGCAGUGUUUUGGUCGUAUUUGUAAGUUGUGACGUCUUUUCCGUUAUGUUGGCCUUUGAUUGUGCUCAUUUUUCACUCCAUUAUGUGAGUAACACCCUAAGUCA